AUGUCAAGUAAGGAGAACUUGGCAACUCAAGAAGCCGAAAAUGGGGACACCGAUGCGAAUUCGAGCGGCUUGCGAAGGCGAAAUAUCGUCGAGUCUGCACAACAAAAAUUCGAACAAGCAUCGCAACUACUCAGAAGAAAGAUACCGUACUCGGGCCAUUUCCUCGCCCCGAAACGACUUUGGCUGAAACGAGUAUUCACACCGAAUUGCGAUGUAGUUAUCACAUUUCCACCAGGAGCGAAGGAUUCGUUGUUGAUGUGGCUGUUGUCCAAAUUGAGACAGUCCCCCGGUUUAACUGUACACGUUCGUCAUCACAAUUCGACCCAGUCGAGUGCUUUCUACGUCACAGCUCCUUUUAUGAUUCUUCUUAGAGCCGCCGAAGAAUACCAUCUUCCGAAAGUCCUUAAAGAAGACAAAGGCGGCGGCUUGAAGGAAUUCUGUCUGCAAGAGAUGGCCUCUUACGAAAAUUCCCACGACGAAAAACGAUUUUUCACGACGGAAGAACGACAAUGGCUCAUUUUGCACGUCCUCGAAAGCAUCAGAGCCAAACCCGCCGAUUCGGAUGUUAUACCGGGCGUUACUCUAAUAGAAGGACAACCUAUAGUUCCGAAAUGCCUUACCGAAGGUAUUAUUAGCCAAGUGUUUCCGUUACACGAACCGGGAGCUCUGGAAAGGCUCCAGAAUUCUUGGGUACGCGACGUUUUCUCCAAACAACCCUUAGACGAAAUCACCGAGUAUUUCGGCGUUAAAAUCGGAAUGUACUUCGCCUGGCUCGGCCAUUACACCACCGCUUUGAGCAUUCCCGCCAUUUUCGGAUUCGUAUUUUGGUUGUGCUGCAACGGGAAACACCAAACGUUAGAAGACAUCGGUUACGUGAUGUUCUCCAUAUUCAACGUGGUUUGGGUGACGACAUAUCUGCAAGCUUGGAAACGUUAUUCGGCCGAAUUGGCCUUUCGUUGGGGCACGUUAGAUCAAAGGGACAAUCUCCUGGCGGAGCCGAGACCUUUAUUUAGGCUGCCUCGACAUGUCGUCGUUUGUUCGCAGGGCCCUUUAGAAAGGAGUCCCGUCACGAAGAGAUUGGAGCCCCGCCAUCCGGCUUGGAAGCGACACGUUUUCAGGUAUUUCGUCUCCGUGCCGAUCAUUACCGUUUGUUUGAUCGCCGUCUUUUGCAUCAUGAUCGUUUCGCUUCAAAUACAGGAUUAUUGGGAUAAUUUCCUGAGGAAUCACAGUUUGCCCCAUUGGUUGGGGUACAUUCCGAAAAUCGGAUUGGCCGUGAUAAUAUCCCUAAUGGACGAAGCUUAUUUUAAAAUAGCCGUUUGGUUAAACGACAAAGAAAAUUAUCGUCUCGAGACCAAAUAUGAAAAUCAUCUCAUCGGAAAAGUGGCUCUGUUUCAAUUCGUAAAUUCGUUUUUGUCGUUAUUCUACAUCGCCUUCUAUCUUCAAGAUCAGGCCCGUUUGAAAGAGCAAUUGGCCGCCCUGUUGAUAGCCCGUCAAGUAAUCGGCAAUCUGAAGGAAUCCGCGUUGCCCUACAUGUUGGAACACAUGCGUUUGGCCAAAAUGAGCUUCGACCUUUGGGGCGCCCUCAGCCCUUCGUCAUCCAAAUCGCCACCGGGCUCUGCGGAGACUUCCAUCGACGGUGAGGAGAAUAACGAUGGAAAAGACGACGGCAAUUCCGAACGAUCGAAUGCCAAACGAACGAUGAGCCAAGCCGAGCUCGAAAGUACUUUGUACAAAUACGACGGUACGUUCGCCGAUCAUUUGGAAAUGACCAUCCAAUUGGGCUACGUAAUAUUAUUCUCGUCGGCAUUUCCACCGGCCGCUUUGUGCGCCAUGUUCAACAAUCUCAUCGAAAUUCGAAGCGACGCCUUCAAAUUGGGCUACGUUUGUCAAAGACCAUUCGGUCAAAGGGUGCCCAACAUCGGUACGUGGCAGAAUUGCAUGGAACACAUGAGCAUAAUGGCGGUGUUGGUGAAUUGCGCUCUGAUCGGCCUCUCCGGUCAAGUACAUCGAAUGUUCUCCGACAUGACGGCUACUCAAACUAUUCUGCUCAUCGUCGCUCUCGAGCACAUCAUGCUGGUGAUUAGAUUCAUAAUAACGUGCGCCAUACCCGAUAUACCCGGUUGGUUGGCCACCGAAAUGGCCAAAAUCGAAUGGGCUCGAAGAGAGGCGAGCAGGAUAACGACCAACACGCCAUCGCCCGAAGAAAUUACAUCUAAACUCAUCGGACGUUUCUCGGUAUCGCCCAUUCACGCGGCGUCGUCGCAAAAUUCGGAGAGCUUCAAACGAUCGAUGGAGAAAUUGAAACAGUACGAUUUCGAUCGUUCCAAAGACGCCACGCCCGUCCCGACGCCCACGACGCCCGGCGGCGUCGCCUCCGUCUCCGGCACGCCGCCGUCCAUUCAUUCGAAAAAUACGGGGGGCGUUACGAUAGACAGCAUACAGGAGAUACCGCCGUUCAGACCGAGAAAAUCCAAGGAAUGGAUCCCUUCGGAGGGCGAUACACAUCAUCUGACCAUUGGUCCGGGCGGGGCCGAAUGGACUCGACGAUUGAAAGACGAUUCGGAGGUUCACAAGAGCACCGAUUGCAUCGCUCCCAAGGACGCUUCUAGUUCGGAUUCGGACCUGUUGAAAACCAGCCCGUUGUGGCCUCCGAGGCCGCGAUCGCCGCCCCCCGUACCGGCCAGGGCGAGACCGUUGGUGCCCCAGGAUCCCGCCCUCGGCGACAGUUCUAAGAGUGUAUCGAGCCAGGAGGCGGCAGACGAGGCGGCCAAAUUGGCUGCGGAAGAACUGGCGGCGAAAAAGACGAGAGUGAAACAGAGUUUGAUGAAGAGGGCGAGAUCCGUGGCUAUAUUCUCGUUGAAAUUGAAGGAACGUCGAGCUCGAGAAGCGCUGGAGAAAGGUCUGAAGCCGCCGGUGACGCCGACGGCGCCGACGCCUCUGCCGCCCCCGCAACAGGGCGGCGAGUUGUCUUGUAUACCUAUAGAAAAGUUAAUUCAACUGGACGAUUUGAAGUGCAUUCAGAAGCCUAAUAAUUCAUCGGGUACUUCGUAG